AUGGAAGCAUCUUCUACACUUGAAGAAUGUGAUUCUGAACCAACAUCAGAAAAAAAUGAAAAGAAAAUAGGAGAAAACAUAAGAAAAAAGAAUGAAGCUGAUGAUGUUGUUGGAGUCGGCGAUGGUUUAACACUUACAGUUCCAGGUAUAGAGAUGAAUACACGGGCUACAGGAGGAGAAGUCGCAACAGAAGUAGGGACAAAUAUUAUGGAAGGGACAGAGAAAGUAGGACCCGCAGUAGGAGUAGGAACCUUGAUUAUCAUAAAAGACAUAAAUGGGGGAGGGGGUCGUAGAGAAGAUGAUUGGACUUGCCCUAGCUGUGGAAAUGUGAAUUUCUCUUUCAGGACAACAUGCAAUAUGCGCAAUUGUACACAACCUAGACCAGCAAAUCAUAAUUAUAAAUCUGGUGGAAAGGCAAUGCAGACCCCACAAGGGUAUGCAUCUGCUACUGCUGGUCAUUACGUUGGUUCUGGUGCACCUUCAUCAAUGUAUAUUGGUGUACAACCUUAUGGCUCCUCUCUUUCUAUGCCAUCUCCUUAUGAUGUUCAUGUUCCCUCUGCUUAUCAUUAUAGUUAUGGAAUUCUCCUUUCUGGAGGCAGCAGCCCCUAUAGACCCCUCCCACCCCCAUAUAUAUAUAUAUUUGUAGUUGGUAUGUAUGGAGUACCUCCGAUGAUGGACCGAUACUUGCCUUUGGGCCACACUCCAAUGGGUCUACGACCUGGGUUUUAUCCAGAAGAGAAAGCAAAGAAAGGUGUUGAAAACAUUUUCGACAAUGAUUGGGUAUGCCCUGAUUGUGGAAAUGUGAAUUUCUCAUUUAGGACAGUUUGUAACAUGAGAAAAUGCAAUACACCUAAGCCAGGAUCUCAGGCUUCAAAGUCAGGAAAGAACUCCAAAGGAGAUAUGCCUGAUGGGAGCUGGAAGUGUGAUCAAUGUAACAACAUAAACUAUCCAUUCAGAACAAAAUUCAGUAGACAAAACUGUGGUGCUGAAAAACCAUCAGAAUCCGGGAAAUCCCCUACAAAAGAAGCAGAAGAAAAUGAUCAGUCAAAAAAGCUAUUAGCAGCUCCUUUUUACUCCAGUCAGUUAUCAUCUCCCUUUGGUCAUUUUAGCAAAGUUGUUGUUGAAGGCUGUUGUUGCUUUUCACUAAUUGAUUCUUUGCAGUUGUUAAUCGGGCUCUUCAAUUUGGAUCCAAACCGAGUGUUUGACAUUGUAUUGGAGUGUUUCAAACUUCAGCCGGAUAACAAUGUCUUCUUGAACCUGAUCCCUGUUUUCCCCAAGCUUGCUAGGACAUGCUAUAACUUUUAUCAGUCCACACCAACAAAGUUGGCUGUAGAAAACUACUUCCUCCAUUCAGGCUAA